GAGAAACACCGUCUCUCCCCCCUCCAAGACGUGAUGACCCUCACAACAUAUUUCGGAAUACUAAAGACUCGUCCUUGCUCCCAUUUCGUCUUCCAAAAGGUCAAACGCGUCUGCUCGUCCAAGAUGGCCUCUACCGAUGCCGCCACGCCUUGGCACGCCGCCUACCCUCCUCCACUCAACAAGACCCCCCCAGCCACGACACGCCAGGCUGCCUUGGAGAUGAUGAAGGACUGCAAGAAUAUCGCUGGCAAGGAUUACGUUCUCAUUGAUCUCCGCCGAACAGAUCACGAGGGCGGUACCAUUCGCGGAUCCAUCAAUCUGCCGGCACAGAGCCUCUACCCGAUGAUAGAAACCCUCUACACCAUGUUCAAAUCGGCAGGGGUUCAAAAGACCAUCUGGUAUUGCUCAUCCUCUCGCGGCCGGGGCACGCGCGCAGCCGGGUGGUUCCAGGAUCAUAUCGACAAGCAAGGAGAUAGCCAUAUGGAAAGCGCGAUUCUGUAUGAAGGCAUUACCGGCUGGGCCAAAGCCGGUGGCGAGUUCGUUGAGUGGAUGGAUGAGUACGAUGCGACUGUCUGGAAUAGUAAAUAGCCAGUAUCAAGGAGUAGUUGUACCUGACGGCCAAAGGACAAUGAACCACGGCAGCUUGAACUAAUAGCAGCUCUGCGACCUGCUAGACAGCCAUGACGAAUAUUUGCG